CACCACGAAAAAGGAGCCGGUGGCAGCUGGGUUCCUGCGCAGAUGCUGGGGCUGUAGGCGCCGCGCGGCCGGCUGGUUGCGGCUCGCAGGGAGGACGCCGGCGCUCGCCUUUCCUCCGCUGCCCCCGCCGUUGCCAUGAUUCCGGUAUCGCUGGUGGUGGUGGUGGUGGGCGGCUGGACUGCCGUCUACCUGACCGACUUGGUGUUGAAGUCAUCUGUGUAUUUUAAGCAUUCUUAUGAAGACUGGCUGGAAAACAACGGAGUGAGCAUCUCCCCUUUUCACAUAAGAUGGCAGACUGCUGUUUUCAAUCGUGCAUUUUACAGUUGGGGACGGCGGAAAGCAAGGAUGCUUUACCAGUGGUUCAAUUUUGGAAUGGUGUUUGGUGUAAUUGCCAUGUUCAGCUCUUUUUUUCUUCUGGGGAAAACGCUGAUGCAGACUUUAGGCCAAAUGAUGGCUGACUCUCCCUCUUCUUAUUCUUCCUCCUCUUCUUCCUCUUCUUCCUCCUCUUCCUCUUCUUCCUCCUCCUCUUCAUCCUCUUCCUCUUCCUCACUUCACAACGAACAGGUGCUACAAGUUGUGGUUCCUGGCAUAAAUUUACCCGUCAACCAACUGACCUAUUUCUUCGCUGCAGUCCUCAUUAGUGGUGUUGUACAUGAAAUUGGACAUGGGAUAGCAGCUAUUAGGGAACAAGUUCGAUUUAAUGGCUUUGGGAUUUUUCUCUUCAUUAUUUAUCCUGGAGCAUUUGUUGAUCUGUUCACCACUCAUUUGCAACUUAUAUCACCAGUCCAGCAGCUAAGGAUAUUUUGUGCAGCCAAAGCCUCAGAAGAGCCCUCGGCAGUGGCCUCAAACAACACUUUAUACACCGCCGUAGAAAACUCGGAGAUGUAUGCAGAUGCUCUGGAGAUGUAUGCAGAUGCUGUGGAGCUGUAUGGAGAUGCUGUGGAGCUGUACCAGAGCCCUGUGGAGACCGGCCCUGUGGAGGCCGGCCCUGUGGAGGCCGGCCCUGUGGAGACCGUGGCGGUUGAGGCAGCCGAGGAGUACGAAGACAUCAGUGGCAACUGUGUCCACGAUGGCCACCACCUUCCGCCUCUGUUCGCGCUGCAGCCUCUCUUUAUCAGCACCCCAAACCAAGGGGACUACAGCGAGGAAAUGAGCAUGGUGCAGAUGCAGGAGGAGGUGGUGGGCUACUACCAGUCUGAAGACCUGCGGGUCAGCAACCUGGAGAACAAGAUGGUCAUCCUGGCCGACGAAGACGACUGCUUCCAGGAGACCCUGGCUCCCUUGUCACCACCCUCCACGUCCUCAUCGGCCUACAGCCACAGCAGGAAGUGCAGUGGCCAAGGCAGAAAGCCCAGCGAUAAGAAUAGGUACGCUGACGGCAAGGCCAGGGCGGGAAGCAGCUCCAAGGUGGACAGGAGCAAGUGGGAGCUGAAGCAGGUGUACGUCAAAACCCUGGAAGGCGAGUUCGCCGUCACCAUGUGGUCCAGGUGCAAUAAGAGAGGCCACGAGACUAGAGAGGCUAAUGAGAAGCCAGCUCUUGGUUAUUCAGAGUACGCUACGGGGAAGAAGCUGCCUCCUGGAGGAAUUCCUGGCGUUGAUCUCUCAGAUCCCAAACAAGUGGCAGAAUUUAUUAUGAAGAAGCCCCAGAAAACCAAAGGAGAUCCCCUGAAAUCAAUAGCUUGCCCUAACAAAGGCUGCAUGAAGGUGUUGAAGGAUAAGUCUGCUUUGAGAAAACAUCUGCACACCCAUGGUCCCAGAGUCCACGCAUGUGAAGAAUGUGGCAAAGCUUUUAUUGAGAGCUCAAAACUGAAACGUCAUCAACUGGUGCAUUCGGGAGAGAAGCCCUUUCAGUGCACCUUCAAAGGCUGCGGAAAACGCUUUUCCCUGAAUUUCAAUUUGCGUACCCAUAUGCGAAUCCAUACCGGAGACAAGCCCUUCCUGUGCCCCUUCGAGAACUGUAAUAAGAAGUUUGCUCAGUCAGCUAACCUGAAAUCUCAUAUCUUAGUACAUGCUAAGCAUAAAAAUGAACAGUAAAAAGGAGAGAAGAAAUUUCUCAGGCUCAGAAAGCAUCUUCCAGGAAUGUGAUGGGAAAUAGAUAUGCCUGUUUUUUGUGUACUGUUUCUAGAAAAGAACUUCUUUUAAUGACUCUAACACAUCUAAGGGUCAGGUUUUGAUAGGUUAGUAAAAGUAAAAUUUAAAAGGUUAAAAAAAGUAAUUCUUUAUAUAAGAUAACAUUGUUAAGAUGUUCUGUCUUGUUCUGUAAUACCGUUUGAAAAACGUUAUGUUUUUGUAAUAUUUGGUCACAAAGGAGGACAAUUCAUGAAGCUCACAUCAAAAGACUUGUUUAUACAACUGUGCUAAAAAUGGGACUUCUUUUCACAUUCUUUUAAAUAUGAAGUUCAUCUAUUGAUAAGUUUUUAAAGUUAUGGAUUUUCUAAAUGUUUGUGUUUAUACUUUUAAGAAUAUGCUUAGUACUAUAUAUGGUUUUUCUGGAAGUAAAUAACGUUGCUUGCAGAUUU